CUAUUAAAUUGGUUAAAUAUAUUGUAUCGUUGAAUCUAUGGAUAUUGUAGAUGAACAACAACUACAAAGUUCGUGUGUAUUGAGUGAAUUAAUUUCGGCCGAUGUCGCCGAGCUCAUCUUCGCGCGACUUCCCGUCAAGUCUCUUUUCCGAUUCAAAUCCGUGGCCAAGUCAUGGAAUCACACCAUCUCCGUCUUCUCGUCGAAUCGACACUUUCUCUUCGCGCAUCGCCAUCAUUCCAAGAUCAAUUUGUCGACGAAGAACAUGUUUCUUGCGUUACGGUCCUACGGCACCGCGACGGUCGGCCUCUCUAAAAUGGAAAAUAACGAAUUGAAGCCAUUACAGGUGGAACUCCAUUGCUCGGGAAGCUUCAUCAAGAGAGUCGAAUCCUGCGAUGGCCUAAUACUCAUUCUUUGGAUGUCUCGCCGAAGCCGCUCUAUCUAUCUCUGGAAUCCAUCGGCCAGAACGUUCACGAAUUUGGGGAGCCCUUUUCCAGAUCCCGAUCCUCGACAUUCAAAUUUGAGGUUCCUUUUUACGUAUCACCGUGUUUUCACAUGCGGCAUUGGUUUCGAUCCAAUAUCAAAAGACUAUAAAAUAGUAGCCACCGAUGUGGACAUGAAACAAUACACGGUGUUUAACAACAAAAGCCGGCGUUGGAACGAGUUGAAAAAUGUGGAGGUAACAAUCGGGGAUGACAUUCGAAGCUUCUCGUUGGACGGUCAUAUCUGUUUGGAAAAAUGGUAUAAUAUACAAGAAGAAACAAAUAGCUACGACAUUAAGCUAUUUUUAUUCGACCCGAGGGACGACAAGUUUUAUAAACCUGUUUACAAUACAGGGCAAGUGACGUGUGCCGUGUUGUGUGGAAGAAAAGAAGCGGCGAAUGCUCGGAGUUUGAUGACGUGGCAGUUCCGUGGAUGAUGUACCAUAAGCUCGACGAUUUGAUCGAUGUGUUGUCGAUCCGUAUGUUUUUUACCGACGAUGAUGGAGAGCUUAUAUUCAUCUUUGAAUAUCGUAGAGCCUUAGUCUAUAGUUUGAU